CUCUUCUUUUGUGGACCGCGUUGCCAGAUAGACGAGAGUGAGUUCCCUCCCAUCAUCCAUAUAGAGACUCUAAUCCCUCCUCCCUCUCACUUCUGCUCCCUGCUUGCCCUCUUCUCCAAUUUUUCUAUACCCAUAGUUCCACUUCUUUGGGAUUGUGAAAUACAUCAAUCAUGUCUACCGCGCAAGAGCAAAACGACGUCCGAAUGGGCGAAGCCGAAAAGUCGUACGGCUCCAACGGCAUCGACCACGCCAAUGGACUCGACGGAGCCAAAGCGCGCAAACCCUACGACUACGGCGGAAACCCUCUCUAUCACGCGCACACCAACAGCGGCGAAUCUGCGCGCUUGGCUUCGUUUGGUGGAGAAUUGCAGCCGGGUCUUUACAAAGUCGAUACCAACCGAAAGAUUGCGAACCCAGCUCCUCUGGGGCUGUGUGGGUUCGCGUUGACGACCUUCCUGCUCUCGUUGAUUAACUUGGGUACGCGAGGUCUGUCGGAGCCGAAUUUGGUGAUUGGUGCGGCGUUUGCGUAUGGUGGUUUGGUACAGCUGUUGGCGGGAAUGUGGGAGAUGGCUAUUGGAAAUACCUUUGGUGCUACUGCUCUUUCCUCCUACGGAGGUUUCUGGAUCGGGACUGCGAUUAUUCUGACACCCGGUGGAUUUGAAAUCAUGGAAACCCUCGAAGCCGAGAGCCCCGAUCCCUUCCUGAACUCGUUCUCCCUCUACCUCUUUGGCUGGUUCAUCUUCACCUUCCUGCUCUGGAUCUUGACGCUGCGCUCGACGGUGGCCUUCAGUCUGCUGUUCUUCACCCUCAUGCUGGCCUUCCUCUUCUUGGCCUUGGCAUAUCUCUUGCACUCCAACGGCGCUCCACACACGCACCUGUUGCGCGCCGGUGGAGCCUUUGGCAUCGUUGCUGCUUUCGCUGCUUGGUACAACGCUCUCGCGGGUAUGGCAGACACCAGCAACUCCUUCUUCAUCCUCCCUGUCGUGCACUUCCCCUGGUCCGAGAAGGGACGUGAGCGACGUGGCAAGGUCGAUAACAGCUCCGAGCGCGAGAGGCAAGGACAACAUGUCUAGAGAGGAACGGACGAAAAGAAGAACAUGGAAUGUUUAAUGUUCACGGAAUCUGAUCUGAUCUGACAUAGGCGAGGAUUUCAAAGAUACCCCCCAAAUGAUGAUGAAUAUAGUUUGCUCUCCCAACAUACGGGAGAUGACUACCUUACCUAUGUGUAGGAUAAUAAUGGUAUGAUACCAAUGAAAUCAAC